AUGGCGACGUCCUGCGGCAGCCAGCCUCGGCGCUCGGCUCCCGCCGCCCACUGGGCGAGAACGGGCAUCGUUUUCACUGGUCUGCUGGGCCUGCUGGGCGGCUGCAAGUUCACGACCUCGCAGGCAAUGCUGUUCGGACUCAGUCGACGCGCCGCUACUCCGCAGCGCCUGUUGGCAAUGCAGACCGCGCACGGCGCGAGGGGAAGCGCGCGGGAGAAAGCGUUGACGAUCCGCAAGGCCGGAAUCCGUACGCGAGACGUGCUGUCAGGUAGGGUUUCCGCCAGCGAAGUGAUGGCUGCGCUGCUGACGUAUGCUCUCUUGUUGACCCGGCGGGCUGCCGGGGUGGUACUCUUCAUAUUUGUGUAUUCGGCAUUGCUUCAGUAUGGAGUUACUUCGCCAGUGCCAGGAAUGGCGCUCGUUUUCGUGAGUCUGUUGGUCCUGGAUUUCGGCAUCGGCAAGUCAGAGCAGGUUUUUGUUGCUUUGGAGCCUGGCUAUAGGUGCACGCUUCUGGAGGCGACCUUCAGCGCGGGAGUGUGGGCGCGCCUCCUUGCUUUCCUAGUGCUGGGAUACCUGGUCACAUUUGUAUGCACUGCUGGCGUGGCCAGCAUUUUUCCACCGCCAGCCGAGCAAGCGGCUGAGAGGCCAGUGGUGGGCGUCAGAGAACUUCUUCUUGGCACAUCGUCAGAUGGCCAGCCUGUGAGCCAGAAGCUGCCUGCUGUGCCGCGACCGCGCCCCCCGUAUCGCCGCUACAUCUGUGGCAUCCUGCUGGCCCUGACGUUGCAGGGGGUGACGAGCCUACACGUCGCCGCAGAGUCCCUCUUCAUGGUGUGCGUGUCGCUGCUGGGCUUCACCACCGGCCAGCGGCUGCCUCCCACGCUGCAGAAGUACGCCCACCCGCUGCUGCUGUGCGCCGCGGCAACUCUGGGGGGAGCCGCCGCGUGGGCGGCGCUCGCGGGCCCCGACGUGGGCAUGCUGAGCGUGGUGGCCACGUACACAUCGUGGCCCGGCGGAGGCGCGGAGGCGGAUCUGCUUCCUCCAACCCUCGUGGCGCUCGGGCUGCUGCUCUUCGAGUUCCGCGCUGUGCUGUGGCGCGAUCUGGCCCCGAUCGUUGUCACAGCGCUGGUAUCCGCGGCCGUCACUGUGUUUAGCACCCCGCUGCUGGCGCAUUGGCUGCGUCUGCCCAGGCCGCUGGCAAUCGCUGCUAUCUCGCGGGCCGUCGCAUCACCGUUCGCGGUAGAUGUCGCGAGCUCGCUGGGGGCAAACAGCGCGCUCGCUGUCGCGAUGACGACUUUCUCUGGGCUGCUGGGAGUUAUAUCAGGUCAGGCUGUGUUUGCGGUCUUGCGGCUGCGGAGUCAACGCGCACGGGGCCUCUCCAUCUCAGGCGCAGCCCAGGGCAUCGGUGCGAUCUCUUUGGCGGGAAGGGAGCAGCAAGCGUUCACAUAUGGCCUUGUUGGUUUCAUUAUGACUGGCUCUGCAACGGUGCUGCUAUGCCUGGCGACGACCACCUCCCUGCACCAGCCGCCUCUCGGCUUUGGGCAUGCCAGGUCGAGCGAGUCGAGCCAGGCCGCGCCCUCCCGCGGCCCGCGAGAGAUGAAGCGCGGCUGCCCUGGCGCCCCAGAGGCCGCCGAGGCGGAGGAGGCCAGGCCGCCGCCCCCUGCGCGCAAGGCGCCCAGGCCGGGGGCCAGCGAGGGCGAGGAGGCCGCCGCCGCCGCGGGCGGCGGCGGGGCCCCCGAGGAGGGCGUCGGCCCGCUGCGCGCGCGCGCGCGGGCGCUGCGCUCGCUGCUGCUGCCGGACCGCGUGCGGCGGCCGCCGCAGCUGGCCGCGGCCGUGGUCGGCGGGGACCCGCCGCGGCGGGCGCUGACGCUGGCGGAGCUCCGUGUCUCUAGGCCGUCCCCGCGGGGAUGGGGCCCGGCGCCGCACGGCGCGCAGGAGCGGGAGGCCUGGGGCCUGCCGCGGCGCGGCGGGCUGGCGCAGCCCGAGGCGCCGGGGGCGCUGGCCGCGCGGCUGGCGGCCGUGGAGCUGCGGCAGGGGGCGCUGCUGGUGGCGCGCACGGGGGCGGACCCGAAGAACGCGGAGGCGCACUGCGAGGCGCUGCUGCUGGGCAGGCUGGCGGCCGAGGGCCCCGAGGCGCUCGGGGCGCUGCGGUCCGUGCUGCUGAUCGCCGACUUUGCGGCCGCGCGGCCCGGGCUGCAGCUGGCCGUCGCGUAUGAGAGGCACUUCAUCCCCGCGGAGGCCGCCCGCUUCCGCGAGGGCGUCAGCGACGCGUCCAGCGUCUCUGCCAUGGAGCGCGCCGGCGUCGUGGUCUUCCAGCUCGACAAGCCCGGGUGCUGCGACUUCGAGGAGGCGACCUGCAGGCGCGCCUGCCUCGGCGGCCUGCUCCCGCUCGUUGAGCCAGUCGGCUUGUACUUUUCGGUGCACGAGCCCGGGGCGCCCAACGCGUCUCCGCUGCUCAGCCCUGGGGGCCUCCAGGACACGGAGCCCUACGCAGAUGGCGUGCCCCGCAGGAUGGCGCCCGAGUUCCGACAGGGAGGCCUGGGCAACCAGUUCGGGCGGGGUGAUGCUGAAAAGAGGGUCGUGGGCCCCACUCCGAGCCGCGAGACAGUUGGUAUCGACCAGUUCUAUCUAUCCGCCACAGCAGAAUUACCCGAGUGGGAGCCAGCCGCCGUGCGGCGCGCGGAGGCGGUGGAGGACGAGCGCAGCAGCGUGGUGCUCUGCCGGCUGGCCGGGAGCGACGCCAGGAGCUCCGUGACGGUGCGGCUGCAGCCCACGACGAACACUAGGAGCCUGGUCUUCGACGACGACGUCGCCGGCGUCGAGACGAGGGCGCAGUGCCACGGCGCGGCGCCUCAGGCGCACAAGCCCGCGAGGCUCCGCGCAGAGGCGGGUCUCGCGGCGCUGCUCCGCGCGGCGUGCUGGUGCGCGUGCGCCGCGGCGGCGUGCUGGUGCGCGCUCGCGCAGGCCGCGGGGCGGCGGCGGGGCCGCGAGGGCGCUGCCGCGGCGGCCGACGCCGAGGAGGGCACGGCCGAGCUCGCCGCGCCGAUGGCGGGCCUCGCCGCCUCCGCGGCCCCCGCUGGCGCGAGGAGGGCGGAGGAGGACAGGCCGAGACCGCGCGCGACGCCGCUGCUGGAGAUGCUGGCCGGGCCCAGGGGCAGCCGGUUCGGCUACCGGGAGCUGGCCGGCAUCGCUGCGGUGUGCGUGGCGGACGCGCUGGUGAUGAGCAGAAAGGCCGCGGUGCUUGGCGGCCUCUUCGCGAGCCAGGGCGGUUCGCGCGAGCUGUCGGCGAGGUGGCGCUGGUGCGCCUGGCAGUUCUCGCUGCUGGCUGCGCUGCACUCUCUGCUGGCCGACGCCGCGGGGUAUGUGCAGGCGCGGCUCGCGCUGAACUGGCGUCGCAACGUCACGCGGAAGCUGCACGACUUGUAUUUCGCCAGGAUGUCGUUCUACAAGAUACAGCACAAGUCCAGGGAGCUCUCUGUCGUGGAUGCCCACCUCCGUAUCUGCAGGGACGGCCGCGACAUGGUGGGCGCUGCGGUCGGCAUCUGCACGUCUCUGACCGAGGCGCUGGUGAAGACCGCGAUCUUCGGGGCCGUGGCGCUCACACAGCAGCACUGGACGCAGGCGCUGGCGGCGCCGUGCUGCUUCCUGUUGGCGGCGAAGGCAGUCCGCAGGAUGGAGCCCGCAGCGGGCGCGAGGGCGCACGCCGCGCUUGAGCACGCGGAGGGCAAGCUGAGGCAGCUGCUCGCGCGAGUGCAGCAGCACGCGGGCAGCAUCUGCAUGCUGCAGGGCGAGGCCUUCGAGCUGGACAUGCUGGGGCGCGCGGUGCGCGAUGUGGCCGCGGCCGCGAGGCAGCGGCGCGACGUCAUGCUGCGGGUCGAGGCCGCCGAGUGGACGCUCUUCGGCUGGCCGCAGGCCGCAUCCGUCCUGGAGCUCGCCGCCUUCUUCUGCGCCGCCUGCGCAGGCGGCGCCGCCGCUGCGCCGCACGACGGGGGGCUGGGGGCCCCGGACCACGCGCUGCGGCUUGGGGUGGCGAUGCGCGACGUGCACGGCUUCUUCAACCUCUGUGCCGGUUGGGGGGCCUUCCUGGGCGUGCGGACGCAGCUGCUCGCCUACGGCCACGCCGCGCACCGGGUCAAGCAGCUGUGCGCGCGCCUGGAGAGGCUCCAGGCCUCUGGCGCGGCGGGCCACUCCAGGCGGACCAGGGGCAGCAAGGAGAAGGACCGGCGCCAGCAACAGAGGCAGGAGUGGAGCCCGCAGGAGGCCGACGCGACGACGCUCGUGUUCGAGGACGUGGCCAUCGCGAACCCUCGGAGGCACGGCGAGCUGCUGCUGCGGAGGCUCUCCUUCAGUGUGGCCGAGGGGCAGCAUCUGCUGGUCUGCGGGCCACAGGGCGCCGGCAAGACCGCGCUGGCGCGCUACCUCUUCGGCCUGUGGCCCGCGCAGGCGGGGCGCGUCACUGGCCUGCAGCUGGCCCUGGAGGGCGUGCCCAUGCCAGCCGAGGUGUGCGUGCUGCCGCAGGAUCCGGUCUGCACGGCGGGCUCCCUGUCCGACCAGCUGACCUAUCCGUCGCGGGCGCGUGCCGGCGCCGUCCCCCGGCACGAGCUGCAGCGGUGGCUGCGGUAUGUGGGCUUGGAGCAUCUUGUGGACAUCGAGGAGAGCUGCGUGCACGGGCCCGUCGGGCAGGUCGACUGGGCCGCGCUGCUCUCGCGCGCGGAGCAGCAGGCGCUGGCCUUUGCGCGUCUGCUGCGCGAGUGUCCCCGCUUCGCCGUGCUCGACGAGUGCACCAGCGCGCUGAGCAGGGCUGCGGAGCGCCACCUCGUGCAGCUGGUCCAGGAGGCCGGCAUCACGUGCGUGACACUCUCUCGGCGGCCGCUGCUGGAGGACCUCCACGCGAACCUGCUGGAGCUGACGGGCGACCUCGAGCGGGACUCGCAGGGCUGGAGGCCCCUCCGGCCAGCGCGCGCCCUCCCAGCGGCCUCGCAGCCAAAACCGCGCUGCAGGUCGCCUGGCCAGCUGCACGCGAGGCUGCAGGAGCACCUGGACUCCAGAGCCGCCGGCUGCCCCCCGCUGGCGGCGGGCGCCGCGGAGCCCCCCGCGCCAGGCAGCGGGCCCCGGUGCGCCAGCGUGGCCUCGCACCAGGCGGAGGUGCGCGCGCGGUGGCCCAGCCGGUUCGCCAGGCUCCGCGCCGUGAUGCGGCUUGGGCUGCAGACGCCGUCGAGGAGGAGGUCGGCGCUGCGGCGUGCGUGCGCAGCGGCCGCCCUGCUGCUCGCGCGGGCGCUGGCGCACUGGCUGUUCAGCAGGAGCCUCGGCGGCAUCGUGCGGGCCGCGCUGGUGCGGCAGCGGGCCGCGGCCGCCGCCGAGCUGCUGUGCGGGUCCCUGGUGGCCUGCGCCGGGGGGCUCGCAGACCAGCUCGCCCGGCGGCAGGCCUGCCUGCUGAGCUCCGAGCUCUGGGCCGGAGCGGCCAGCCACCUGCAGAGGAGGCUGAUGCGCGACGCGGCCGCGCUGCUGCUGGGAGCCCCGCGCCCAGGAGGCGCCUCCGUGGUGCUGGACGACCCCGCAGUGCGGGUCGCAGAGGCGCGCGCCCUCUUCGAGUCAUUGGGCGCGCAGGCGUGCGAGGCCCUGAUCCCGCUCUCGGUCGCGGCCCUGUCGAUGCCAGUGGCCGUCCGUGGCCUUGGCGGUGCGCCUCUGCUGCUGGUUGCUGGGCACUCCCUCCUAUCUGGGCUCCUCCGGCGGCUCCUCCCCGACCAAGAGCCUUCACAGGAUGCAGAGGCCGCGCUGGAGAGCCGCUUCGCGGCGAUCCACUCGCGCGUGUGGGGCUCUGCGGAGUCGAUCGCCUUCUCGAGAGGCGGCGUGGUGGAGUGCCACCUGGCAGAGACCGCCUUGGACGACCUCCUGGAGAGCGCGUGCGCGGCGAGCUGGCGAGAGCUGGCCCCCAGGGCCGCUGCGAGGUUCGUGCUCGACCACGGCCAGCUUCCCGCGGUGUCGCGGCAGGCGCUGGUGCGCGGGCUUCUGUGGGGCGCGGCGGGCGCCUCGGCGCCAUCCGUGGACUCUCUCUGUGCCGGCUUCCUGCUCGACCGGCUGGUGCAGAGCCUGCAGGUCGGCGCCCAGCACCUCGCCCGGUGGGCCGAGCGCCUGCGGCGGCUGGACGCGCAGUGCCUGCGCGUGCUGGAGCUGGCGCUGGCGUGCGACGCGAGCAGCGGGCGCGGCGCGCGGGCCGCGAGCCCGGCGGGCAGCGGGGCCGCCGCGGCGCAGCCCGGCCCCUCCCUGCGCGUGCGUGGGCUGAGCCUCACGGCGCCUGGCGGCGCGGAGCUCGCCAGGGGCUUGCGGUUCGACCUCGAGGCGGGCGCCCCGCUGGUCGUCACGGGUCCGAGCGGCAGCGGCAAGUCGCUGCUCGGGCGCGCGCUGCUGGGGCUCUGGCAGGCGUCCCCUGGCACCAGGGGCGCGCCUGCGCCCGCACCCACGAUGCUGGCGGCACCCCGUCUCAGGCCGCUGCCACAGUCCCUGGCGGCCGUGCCGCAGUGCUGUUACCUGCCCGCAGCGGGGCGGCUGGUGGCGCAGCUGGCCUAUCCCUGCGUGCUUGGGCUGCCGUCGCGGCCGCCGUUCGAAGUCCACGUGAGGGCGCUGCCGCCUGGCAUCACGGACGCCCUGCUGCUGGAGCACUUCCAGUCUCUCGGCGCGAGCGGCAGCCGCGUCCUGGACGCUGGGGAGUGCGCCGGAGCGCCGGUGGGCGUGGUCACGUUCCGCACGCUCAGCGAGGUGCUCCGGGCCGUCGCGCGGCCCCAUGACCGGGUCAUCGGCGACCACGAGCUGGAGUGCGAGAUCGGCGGUGGCGACGGGUGCGGCCUGUCGACCUGCUGGCAGGCCGACGCGGGCCUGGCCCCCCCGACCCCGUCGGUGCCGGCCCCGCCGCCCGCGCCCAGCGGGCAGGUGCCCGAGCUGGCGCGCAUGCGGCGCUGCCUGCGGGCGGUGGGGCUCGAGCACGUUCUGCUGCGCGAGCGGGACGGGUGGUUCGCCACCGCGCGCUGGGAGGAGGCCCUCAGCGCCCCGGAGCAGCAGCGCCUCUGCCUGGCCCGCUGCAUGUACCACGGGCCCACCUUCGCGCUGCUGGACGACUGCCUGUCGCGCCUCCCGCCGGGCGAGGAGCAGAAGCUCGUGGCGCAGCUGCUGGAGGAGUGGGACAUCUGGAAG